CCAGCGCCGGGACCCGCGCCGGCCCCGCAGCCUUCCGGGAGGAAGCGGCGCCGGCCGCGGCGGGGCGCGCGCGCUCGGGUUCCCUCACCUGCCGGGGCGCGCGCGCAAGGGCCCGGGCCGGCCGCGGGAGUGCAGAGCCCGGAGCGGGGCCGGGAUCCCGCGCGGGAGGCUCCGGCUCCAUGGCGACCGGACUCGGGGAGCCGGUGUACGGACUUUCGGAAGACGAGGGAGAGUCCCGUAUUCUCAGAGUGAAAGUUGUUUCUGGAAUCGACCUCGCGAAAAAGGAUAUUUUUGGAGCCAGUGACCCAUACGUGAAGCUUUCUUUGUACGUAGCGGAUGAGAACCGAGAACUUGCACUAGUACAGACAAAGACCAUUAAGAAGACGCUGAACCCAAAAUGGAAUGAAGAAUUUUAUUUUAGGGUCAACCCAUCCAAUCACAGACUCCUAUUUGAAGUAUUUGACGAGAACAGACUGACACGCGACGACUUCCUGGGACAGGUGGACGUGCCCCUCAGCCAUCUCCCGACCGAAGACCCCACCAUGGAGCGACCCUACACCUUCAAGGAUUUUCUCCUCAGGCCAAGAAGUCACAAGUCUCGCGUGAAGGGGUUUCUGCGCUUGAAAAUGGCGUACAUGCCCAAAAACGGCGGCCAGGACGAGGAGAAUGGCGAGCAGAGGGAAGACAUGGAGCAUGGCUGGGAGGUCGUGGACUCCAAUGACCCUGCGUCACAGCACCAGGAGGAGCUGCCGCCCCCGCCUCUGCCCCCGGGCUGGGAAGAAAAAGUGGACAACCUGGGGCGCACCUACUACGUCAACCACAACAAUCGCAGCACGCAGUGGCACCGGCCCAGCCUGAUGGAUGCGUCAGCCGAGUCGGAGAGCAACAUCCGGCAGAUCAACCAGGAGGCCGCACACCGGCGCUUCCGCUCCCGCAGACACAUCAGCGAGGACCUGGAGCCCGAGCCGGGCGAGGGCGGAGAUGGCCCCGAGCCUUGGGAGACCAUCUCAGAGGAAGUGAAUCUCAGCGGAGACGCCCUCAGCCUGGCGCUGCCCCCUCCUCCGUCAUCCCCCAUCUCUCGGACGAGCCCCCAGGAGCUGUCUGACGAGCUGAGCCGAAGGCUGCAGAUCACCCCCGACUCCAACGGGGAGCAGUUCGGCUCUUUGAUCCAGAGAGAGCCCUCGUCCAGGCUGAGGUCCUGCAGCGUCACGGAGGCCGUCGCCGAGCAGGCGCACCUGCCGCCGCCGUCGGUGGCCUAUGUACAUACCACGCCGGGCCUCCCUUCGGGCUGGGAAGAGAGGAAAGAUGCUAAGGGCCGCACAUACUAUGUCAAUCAUAACAACCGAACCACCACAUGGACCCGGCCGAUCAUGCAGCUCGCAGAAGACGGUGCGUCCGGAUCGUCCUCAAACAGUAACAACCACCUAAUCGAGCCGCAGAUCCGCCGGCCCCGUAGCCUCAGCUCGCCCACCGUAACUUUAUCUGCCCCCCUGGAGGGUGCCAAGGACUCACCCAUCCGGCGGGCGGUGAAAGAUACCCUUUCCAACCCCCAGUCCCCACAGCCGUCACCCUACAACUCCCCCAAACCACAACACAAGGUCACACAGAGUUUCCUGCCGCCCGGCUGGGAGAUGAGGAUAGCGCCCAACGGCCGGCCCUUCUUCAUUGACCACAACACAAAGACGACGACGUGGGAAGACCCACGCUUGAAAUUUCCAGUGCAUAUGCGGUCAAAGGCGCCUUUAAACCCCAAUGACCUUGGCCCUCUUCCUCCUGGCUGGGAAGAAAGAAUUCACCUGGACGGCCGAACGUUUUAUAUCGAUCACAAUAGCAAAAUUACUCAGUGGGAAGACCCCAGACUACAGAACCCAGCCAUCACCGGUCCGGCUGUUCCUUACUCCAGAGAAUUUAAGCAGAAAUAUGACUACUUUAGGAAGAAAUUAAAGAAACCUGCCGAUAUCCCAAACAGGUUUGAAAUGAAACUUCACAGAAACAACAUAUUCGAGGAGUCCUACCGGAGAAUCAUGUCUGUGAAGAGGCCCGACGUCCUCAAAGCCAGGCUGUGGAUCGAGUUUGAGUCGGAGAAAGGCCUGGACUACGGAGGCGUGGCCCGGGAGUGGUUUUUCCUGCUGUCCAAGGAGAUGUUCAACCCCUACUACGGGCUCUUUGAAUACUCGGCCACGGACAACUAUACGCUUCAGAUCAAUCCCAAUUCGGGCCUGUGCAACGAGGACCACCUGUCGUACUUCACCUUCAUCGGGAGGGUCGCCGGGCUGGCCGUGUUCCAUGGGAAACUCCUGGACGGCUUCUUCAUCAGACCGUUUUACAAGAUGAUGCUGGGGAAGCAGAUCACGCUGAACGACAUGGAGUCCGUGGACAGCGAAUAUUACAACUCUCUGAAAUGGAUCUUAGAGAACGACCCCACGGAACUGGACCUCAUGUUCUGCAUCGAUGAGGAGAACUUUGGACAGACGUACCAAGUGGAUCUGAAGCCCAAUGGGUCAGAAAUAAUGGUCACCAAUGAGAACAAAAGGGAAUAUAUUGACCUGGUGAUCCAGUGGCGGUUUGUGAACAGAGUCCAGAAGCAGAUGAACGCCUUCCUGGAGGGCUUCACGGAGCUGCUUCCCAUUGACCUGAUUAAAAUCUUUGACGAGAAUGAGCUAGAGCUGCUGAUGUGUGGCCUCGGGGACGUGGACGUGAACGACUGGAGGCAGCACUCGAUCUACAAGAACGGCUACUGCCCCAACCACCCUGUCAUCCAGUGGUUCUGGAAGGCGGUGCUGCUGAUGGAUGCCGAGAAACGGAUCCGGCUACUGCAGUUCGUCACCGGGACGUCCCGGGUACCUAUGAAUGGAUUCGCCGAGCUCUACGGCUCCAACGGUCCUCAGCUGUUUACAAUAGAGCAAUGGGGGAGUCCUGAGAAACUGCCCAGAGCUCACACAUGCUUUAAUCGCCUUGAUUUACCUCCAUACGAAACCUUUGAAGAUUUACGAGAGAAGCUUCUCAUGGCGGUGGAGAAUGCACAAGGAUUUGAGGGGGUGGAUUAAACACCCCCACAUCCAGGAGAGGGUGUUCGUCCAGCAAGCCCUGCUUGCACUUUUUGCAUUUGCCUAACAGACUGCAGAGACGCCGGCCCAAGCGCCGUGGCCGGCUCCUGCAGCAAAGCCUGGCCCGCAACUUGCCCCCCGUUUCGCCGUGGGAAGCCAGGCCCAGGUCGCGUUCCUGCAUUUUCCGCCACAAAUUACCAACCGGUUGACGUGUGCACUAAUUACAUUUCAGGAGGACUUAAUCUAUUUAUGUUGUGCCUCGGUAGGCAAAGCCCUUAAUAAAUAUUUUACAUACUUUAUAAUGACAAUGAUGAAUGGAAUUAAUCACUCUACAGGUAUAGUAUUACAACUCAUGUUUACUUUUUAAAAUGAUUUAGACCGAUUUUCAGAUUUUAUUUCAUUACGAUUAAAGAUGUCUCGUGUACUUGGAAAAGUGAGCUUUUUUUUUUUUCUGUAUAUCAUAACCAGGUUUAAUGUCAGUGACGAUGUUCUUUUGGAAGUU